AUAGAAUAUGUGAUAUUAGCGUAGAUAAACAACAGUGCUUACGAAAAUUUGCAUUUUAAAAAGGCAUUUCAACAAGCAUUUAACGUGCGCCGAUUGGUAUAACGAAUUAUGUUUUCAAAAAGGAUUGUAAUGUGCACAGCACAUAGCUGGAAGCAAACACCGCUAGGAACAAAUUACAUCAUACUGGUACGCACGUUUGCUGAUCGAGCCAAGGCAAUCGAUACCCCAACUCAAGAGAAGGAAUCCUAUCAAUAUUAUACCAUUUCGCCGGAAGAUGGCAAACCAAAUUCCACCCAACAAUCGUCAGCAAAUCUAGCUUUGCGCCGUAUCAGUUUGAUCGAUCUGGCCAAAAGUAAGCUGUACGAAGCACAAUCGUUUUACGACGAGUUCAGCGGCAUGAGCGAGGUGAAAAUGGCCCAGAACAAGGUGAUUGAAAUACAGGACCAACUGCAGCUGGUGCAGGAACGCCGGCGCCACAUUUUGCUUGAGCUGACGCUGGUUAGGAAACAGCUGCAGGAUAUCCAUAUCGAGCUGCAGAAAGCGACCCGCGGUGAACAUCGCUACGUGGAGUUGAUCAAGCAAGAGUUUGAUGUGAUAGCACGAGAGAAGGAGAAAAAUCAAAUCUUUCAAAUCAUCGAUCAGGAGGAACGGGAACUAUUCUCGCACUUGACGGCGGCCGUGAAAACUUCGCAUGAAAAAGAACGAACGCAGGCUAACAACGUGAAGUACUGGUCGAUCAUCGCUUCCGGAGUCGGUGCUCUGUUGGGUAUUGUGGCCACGUCUAUCAAUUACUACUUUCGCAACACACAGUUCGAAACCAUACGGAGGGCGGCAGAAGAGAGCAAUCAAAAGUUGCUGGUUGUGGAACAAAAACUAAGCAACUUGGAAGCGUCCUUGGGAAAGAUGAAUGUAGAGUGGAACCGCUAUUUGGUCGCCAAACGUGUAGCGGAACAGCGGUUGGUAACGCGACCGAUAACGGAAUCGUGGGGAAGUUACCUUCGCCGGCAUACGUCACGAUUCUUCCGAUUUUUCAUACCGAAGGCGUAGUAGUUUUAUCCUUUUCUGUGUGGUAGGUAAUACAAGAAUUUAACAAUGAUUUCUAUUUCCUUUUUUAUAGCAUUGUUUUCUUUUUCUCACGAACAUAAGAAGUUAGCCAAAUAAUUAUUUAGUCGCACCGUUGGUGGCGAACUUAUUCAGAAAAUUUAAAAAUACGUCUAUAUAUAAAAUAAAAAACUUAUUCCU